AUGUCAGUCGACUUGGGGAGUAAGGAGAAAUAUCACUGGCAAACCCAAAAUGUGAAAGUAAGUGGAGUGGAUGACAUGGUCCUCCUCUCCAAAAUAAGUGAAGAUGCCAUCACAGAAAACCUAAAGAAAAGAUAUAUGGAUGACUUCAUCUUUACCUACAUAGGUCCUGUGCUGAUAUCUGUCAACCCAUUUAAGCAGUUGCCAUAUUUCACAGAUCGUGAAGUGGAACUUUAUCAGGGAGCUGCUCAGUAUGAGAAUCCACCACACAUCUAUGCUUUGGCUGACAACAUGUAUCGCAACAUGAUGAUUGAUGGGGAGAACCAGUGUGUCAUCAUCAGUGGUGAAAGUGGGGCAGGAAAGACUGUGGCAGCAAAAUAUAUCAUGAGCUACAUCUCCAAAGUGUCUGGAGGCGGACCUAAAGUUCAGCAUGUGAAAGAUAUCAUUCUUAAGUCAAACCCUCUACUGGAAGCUUUUGGGAAUGCCAAGACUGUGCGCAAUAACAACUCUAGUCGCUUUGGAAAAUACUUCGAGAUCCAGUUCAGCCGUGGAGGUGAGCCUGAUGGAGGAAAAAUCUCAAAUUUCCUAUUGGAGAAAUCCAGGGUAGUGUCUCAAAACAGUGGUGAAAGAAAUUUCCAUAUCUACUAUCAGCUUCUAUCUGGGGCUUCCAAAGAACAAAAAGAGAAUUUGGGGAUUACUACUCCUGAUUACUACUUCUACAUGAACCAGUCUGGUACCUACACUGUGGACGAUAUCAAUGACAAGAAAGAGUUCUUUGACACCAUGGAUGCUAUGUCAGUCAUAGGUCUUUCUCUGGAUGAACAAGAUGCUGUCCUGCAGAUUGUUGCUGGAAUUCUUCAUCUUGGCAACAUUACUUUCAGAGAGGAGGGUAACUACGCUGUGGUAGAGAGUGAAGACUUUCUUGCUUUCCCAGCGUACCUUAUGGGUAUAGCUCAAGAAGGCUUGAAGAAGAAACUGACUAGUAGGAAUAUGGACAGUAAAUGGGGAGGCAAAACUGAGAGCAUUUCUGUUACUCUGAACACUGAGCAGGCCUGCUUUACACGUGAUGCUUUGUCCAAAGCACUUUACGCACGACUCUUUGACUACCUCGUAGAUGCGAUAAACAAAGCUAUGCAGAAAGACCAUGAGGAGUUCAACAUUGGCGUGUUGGACAUUUAUGGUUUUGAAAUCUUUCAGCAAAAUGGAUUUGAGCAGUUCUGCAUAAACUUUGUAAACGAGAAGCUUCAGCAGAUCUUUAUUGAGCUCACUUUGAAGGCUGAGCAGGAAGAGUACGUACAGGAGGGAAUUAAAUGGACACCCAUUGAGUAUUUUAACAACAAAAUUGUAUGUGACUUAAUAGAGUCCAAAAUGAAUCCUGUGGGUAUCAUGAGCAUCUUGGAUGAUGUAUGUGCUACCAUGCAUGCCAAGGGCGAGGGUGCAGACCAGACUUUGGUUCAAAAACUGCAGUCGCAAAUCAGUUCUCACGAGCACUUUAACAGCUGGAAUAAAGGCUUCAUUGUGCAUCACUAUGCUGGCAAGGUAUCGUACAAUGUAAGUGGAUUUUGUGAGAGGAACAGAGAUGUCCUCUUUAAUGAUAUCAUCGAGUUGAUGCAAAGCAGUGAAUUUGCUUUUAUUCAAAACCUUUUCCCAGAAAAUCUCGAGGCUGAAAAAAAGGGUCGUCCCACCACUGCAGGUGCCAAAAUCAAGAAACAGGCCAAUAACCUAGUGCAGACGCUGAUGAAAUGCACCCCUCACUACAUUCGCUGUAUCAAACCCAACGAGACCAAGAAGCCACGGGACUGGGAGGAGAGCCGCAUGAAACACCAAGUGGAGUAUCUUGGUCUCCGGGAGAACAUACGUGUGCGAAGGGCCGGCUAUGCUUUCCGACGCAUUUUCAAAAAGUUUUUACACAGGUAUGCAAUUCUGACAAAAGAGACAUGGCCAAGGUGGCGUGGAGAUGAAAAACAGGGUGUCCUUCACCUGCUGAAGUCUGUCAAUAUGGAUCAAGAUCAGUACCAGCUAGGCAAGAACAAGAUCUUCAUUAAAGCUCCAGAAUCACUGUUCCUGUUGGAAGAGAUGAGAGAGAGAAAAUAUAACGGCUAUGCUCGAGUCAUUCAGCAAGCUUGGCGCAAACAUGUUGCUGUUCGCAAAUACGUCAAAAUGCGAGAGGAAGCCUCAGACAUCCUGUUAAAUAAAAAGGAAAGAAGGAGGAACAGUCUCAACCGUAAUUUCAUGGGAGACUACAUUGGCACAGAUAACCGGCCUGAGAUCAGGCAAUUUGUGGGUCGCAGGGAGAGGAUUGAAUUUGCUGAUGUGGUGGUAAAAUAUGACCGCAGAUUUAAGACUGUCAAGCGUGACCUCAUUUUGACGUCCAAGUUCCUCUCCAUGAUUGGCAGGGAGAAAGUGAAGCAGGGUCCAGAAAAGGGACAGAUUCGUGAGGUCCUCAAAAGGCAGAUUGAGUUACAGAAGAUUCAGUCUGUUUCUCUAAGCACUCUGCAGGAUGACUUCUUCAUAAUUCAUGAAGAACAAUAUGACAGUGUGCUGGAAUCUGUCUUCAAAACUGAGUUCUUGAGUCUACUCUAUAAACGCUAUGAGGAUAGAACUCAAAGGAAGCUGCCACUGAAGUUCAACAACCUUCUUGAAUUUAAGGUGAAAAAAGGAGGCUGGGGUCCAUUUGCAUCAGCUGGCUCCCGGCAGAUCCAGUUUCAGUUGGGACAGGGAGAUAAUGUGGUGCUCAAACCAAGUAACAAAACCCUAACUGUGAGCAUUGGACAAGGCCUUCCUAAGAAUUCAAGACCCACUCGUAUAGAUAAGCGGAAGAGCAGAUAUGUGGGAAACUCCAGUCAGAACGCUGGGAGGUAUUCACAUGAGUCUUCCGUUACUAGUGGACGAGGAGGGGCAAACAAGAACCGUCAGACUUCCUCCAGGGCUUCUUUGCUGCGCCAUCAGUCCAGUAUGGAUCAGCCAACACUCCCUCGCCACCAUGGGGCUCGACCUAGCCAAAAACAGAACAAAAUUAACACUGACAUGGGCUUUAUGAAUGUGCCUGAUCAGGGAGUGGCAGGACUCCAUCGACGACUUUCAAAAGAGGUCAAGCCUGUUCCCGGAGCAGGGAUGCCUAGACCUGCCCCGAGACCCAAACCCCGUUCCCCACAGUGCCGUGCUCUGUAUGCUUAUGAUGCCCAGGACACUGACGAGCUCAGCUUUAAUACAGAUGACAUUAUCGAGAUUGUAAAUGAAGAUGCCUCUGGUUGGUGGUUUGGACGUCUGAGGGGAAGAGAGGGCGUGUUUCCUGGCAAUUACGUAGAGAAGAUUUAAGUUUAGACACUAAUAGAGAAUGAACUGAUUAUUCAGCAGCCAAAGAUCAAACUGAACUACAAUAAUGGUAUAAGAAUAGUAUAUCGCACAUAUGCCAUGUGUCUUACAGCUAAGACACUUCAAAAAUAUUUUAGAUAAAGAAA